CUUUCGCAAUGGAGCCAGCUACUACAGGAAGAGCGCAUUCUCAUAAUCAUCGAGCUCGUGUCAGCCGCCCUGGCUGGUGCGCAUGGCUUACUGCUGCCACGCCGCCCGGAGGUCUUCUGGAACGGAGUUGUUGUGGACCGACAAGCCACAAGCUCGGUGUUUGGCCUAUUGUUCUUCUCUUGGUCCCAGUCAUCGCUGCAUGUCCUAUCGAAGGCAACAGCGCCGAUGAUAUGCUGCCUUCCGGAGCUCAAUUACAGAACGCGCGCGCUACACCUCCUGCAGCAGUUUCGCCAACAUGACACUCUUCAAAACAAUCCGUACCCUCUCUGGAGAAAGUUGUUAGCCGUUUACUCGCGGAAAUUGACUGUGCAACUGAGUUUGACCAUUUUUGGAUCCAUCAUUAGCUUUGCGCCGCAAAUGAUGCUUCUUGGCAUCCUCAGGGCCAUGGAGCGAGAGACCGAUAGCGAAAAUAGACUGACUACGACUACUCCGUGGAUACUUGGUCUUGGCGCCAGCGUCAUUAUCUCUGCUCUGGUAGAGAAAUGGACUGUUUGGGUGUCGAGCAUAGACUUGGGUCUCAAAAUGCAGAAGCAGCUUACCAUGCUUCUCUUUGACAAGAUGCUUCGAGGCAUGUCUACUGAACCGGAAGAAGAGGACGACGAGGAUGAUACAAAACCAACAGACCCAGCAAGUCUCAACCUUAUCAAUCUGGUCGCGGCCGAUACGCAGCAGAUCGGCAACUGCAUUCGAGAGGUCUACCGGGGUUACGAGUCGCUCAUUAAGCUUGCAAUCUCCGGCUUCCUUAUUCAGCAGCUUAUGGGAUGGAGAAGUCUGGUCGCCAGCAUCGUCAUGAUAGCCGCGCUUUUCGGUGCCAAUGCCCUCGUUGCACGGCGGCUCGCGCAAGGGCAGAGCAAGCUCAUGGCGGACAAGGACCUACGCGUCUCAGCCGUCACGGAAGCUUUGCUGGGAGUCCGUCAGAUCAAGCUUUCUGGAGCGGAGGAUAACUGGGCCGCGUAUGUUUCAGACCAACGCAAUAAAGAGCUGUACAGUCUCUGGGCCGUCAAUCGAUGGAGCAUGGCCUCAAGGGCAAUCUGCACGCUAACCCCAAUCGUACUUUCCGUACUCGUCAUCUCGAUACAUGUACACGCUACCGGGAGUUUGAAAGCAUCUACCGCUUUUACUGCGCUAUCUAUCCUUGGAUCUAUCAACGGUACACUGGCGGCUAUUCCUCCCCUGCAAUCAAGUUGGGUGCGCGCCUCGAACAGCUUGCGACGCCUCCAGGACUACCUCUAUGCGGCUGAUCAGUGCUUUCCCUCGACCAACCAUGAUGAGAUUAGCUUCAGCAACGCCACGAUACGGUGGAAUGGCACAGGGCUGAACGACUUCGCUCUCAAAGACCUGACAUUAUCCUUUCCUCCAGGUGCUGUGAGCGUCAUCGAAGGGCCCAAUCGCUCUGGAAAGAGUCUACUACUGGCCGCUGUCCUUGGCGAAUGCGAGCUCGUCUCGGGCAAUGUCACCAAGCCCGGCCUUUUCGCUCAGACACAAGGUGUCCCAGGCGGCCGCUCUUGGCCCUUGAAUGUAGCAAUCGCGUAUGUGGGACAGACGCCGUGGAUUGAAGCUGGCACGAUCAUGCAAAAUAUCACAUUCGGGCUUCCGAUGCAAGCAAGACGGUACAAGAAGGUACUUUUUGCCUGUGCCCUGGAAACGGAUCUUGCAACUUUCAAGGAUGGCGACUGGACCGAGAUCGGACCGCACGGAGUCAAUCUCAGUGGCGGCCAGCGCUCACGUAUCGCACUUGCGCGUGCCCUCUACUCCUCCGCGGCUACACUAGUACUGGACGACAUCUUCAGUGCUGUUGACGCUCACACUGCGCUUCAUAUCGCGGAGCAUGUUUUAAGCGGCUCACUCAUCCAGGGACGUACCGUUAUCUUGGCAUCACACCAUCCCUCGCUUUAUAUGCCCAGUGCGAACUACAUUGUUUCACUAUCGGGCGAUGGCCAGUACCAGUGCAGAUAUGCUGACGACCGCAUUGAUAAAGAAUCACAGGAUACACCUAGCGCUAUGAGAAAAAUGACCACAAGGAUUCGCUCUGGGUCCAUUGCCAAAGCUAGGUCGAGACACUCUCGCAAUCUCUCAACCUUAUCUGUCACAUCUGGGGAGCUUUUUGUGAUUCCUGAUAUCACGGGCGUCCUGACGACUCACCAAUACGUCGCGGAUGAGCAGGAACGGAACUCAGGAUCGCAGCACAGUACCUUGAUGUUAUAUCUGCGGUACAUUGGAGGCCUCUGGUACACACUAUUGAUUGUCCUAAUAUACGCGGGCAAUGUUGGUAUUGUCGUCGGACAGUCAUGGUGGAUCGCCCAUUGGGUACAAGAAGACGAACGAAGUACUCAAGCCAUGCGCAUUGCCAGAAACGACAACGAUACCGGCCUCUUUUGGUACUUGGGUAUUUACGCGGCAUUUGCAAUGGCGACUUGUCUUAUCGGCAUUGGGCAAGAAUACCUAACGUACGCGUCCAUGUUCAAUGCUUCAAGACGGUUGUUCGACAUGCUGUUGCACGCUGUCUUACGUGCACCCAUGGACUUCACCGACCGCAAUCCCCUAGGCCGGAUCAUGAAUCGUUUCACAAGCGACACGGCGAUUCUUGAUGAGCAAGUGGGGCAAAUCCUCGGCAGCGCUUUGACAAGUGCCCUGAUGCUGAUUUCGAUCUUCGGAGUCGGAAGUAGCGUUAGUUGGUGGACGCUACCCAUGUCCUUACCGAUGCUUUUCAUGUGCACUUACAGCGCACUUCAGUUCUUUCAAAUAGCACGCAAACUAAAGCAUCUCGAUAACAUCAGUCGCAGCCCGGUACUUGAAAGCUUUUGUUCAACCAUGGAUGGCCUGCCUACUAUCCGGUCGAUGCUUCUGCAGGAGAGAUAUACCCUCAAGUUCGGAGCCUUGGUCGACGACAACACACGGGCACUUUGGAAUCUUUGGCUUGUAAACGCCUGGUUCGGUUGUCGUAUGGCAGUGAUUGGGUCCGCCUUUGUAACUGCAGCCACCUUGAUCAUCGUUUCGAUGCCCGGCAUCACAGUCGCAAUGACAGGUUUCGCUCUGGGCUUCCUCAUCCGCUACACGGAGACUGUUUCUGCGUUUGUUCGCAACUUCAUCAAUCUCGACCUUGCCCUCACCAGCACAAGCCGCAUUCUCGAGUAUACCAACAUACCAAGCGAGCAUUACAGCUGCGGAAUGUUACCACCCGCAGCCUGGCCAGAGUCGGGCCGCGUAAAGAUUUCCGAUCUAGUCAUCAGACACGCGCCCCAUCUCCCUCCUGCUCUAAAUCACGUCAGCUUUGAGAUUGGUCCAAACGAGCGGGUUGGGGUUGUCGGUCGCACAGGCGCAGGGAAAUCGACUCUUGCAAUGGCCUUCUUUCGCAUUCUCGAAGCGGAACAGGGCAGCAUCACGCUUGAUGGCAUCAACAUAGCGGAUGUGGCUCUACAACAGCUGCGCCAGCGUCUCUCCAUCAUAACGCAAGACCCGCAUCUCUUCUUUGGUACUGUCCGCACAAACCUCGAUCCUUUUGACAAGCAUGACGAUACGGAUCUCGUCCAUGCAUUGGAACAAGUUCAUUGGCCCGGCUGCGGCGAUGGGCAUAGCAAAAAAACGAAUCGACUAUCUGGUCCUGGUUUGUUCUCAGAUCCCGAUGAGGCGGUUUCUAGAAGACGCAUGCGUGUUCUAUCAUUGCUCGAGCAACCCAUCAUGGAUGGCGGAAGCAAUCUCUCCCAAGGCCAGCGCCAACAACUCAGCCUCGCACGCGCUAUCGUUGAUCGCUCAAGGCUUCUCAUCCUAGACGAAGCGACAUCCUCCAUGGAUCCAGUCGUUGAUGCAGCAAUCCAAAAGUCGAUACGGGAGCUAUCCGCAUGCGGGUUUGCUUCUAUGCUUGUUAUUGCGCAUCGGAUAGGAACAGUCAUGGACUUUGACAAGAUCAUCGUGUUAGACAAGGGAGUUGUUGUGGAAACUGGUAGCCCUAGCGAACUGCUGAAGCUGCCAGGGGGACACUUUAGAGGCCUAGCCGAAGACGCUAGAGAAACGGUCAAGGAAGCUGAGGUGCAAGAGAUGAUUAUUGAGACUAUACACACGCGCGAAAGCGUUUUCAUACAAGAGUCUAUACAGCAUUCUGUCUCGUAAUCCGCAAGGAGGAGGUAAAUGCAGCGCUGGCGGUUUGCAAAACGGAGGUUAAUGUCUAUGUAAACGUUGAUGUUUCAGAACAUGAAAACAUCUCUAUUUUUUA